UCAAGGUUUCGCUAGAUAUUCUACCUUAUGAUGUUGCACCAAGUGACAGCUCUGGAGCUGGAUCAUACGACUCAUUUCUCCAACAGAUACCAACAAAGCUUAGUAAAUUUCACUCUUAUAUAUAUGCCUUUUUAUUUAGAAAAAAUAUAUAAUAAAGCCAGAAAAUUUGACUGCUAUUCUCUACUUUCUCUUUACUGAAAAUAAAAAAGAUGGAACAGGAGUACGAUGUUGUGGUAGGGGAUGUAACAAUUCUUGCCAACCGUUCGAAUUUCGUAGACUUCACGCUGCCAUAUACAGGUUCGGGAGUUAAAAUGUUGGUACCAGCUCAACAUGGGAGGAAACAAACCAUGUGGAUUUUUGUGAAACCCUUCAGCUGGGAUCUUUGGUUGAGCAUAGUCAUCAUCUCUACCUUCAUAGGGGUCUCCAUACUCAUCAUGGAAAGAAAUGUAGAUGCACUUCCUCAUCAUGAGGAUUCUCCAAAUCGAACAAAGCUUAGCCCUGCAACCAUCUUAUGGUUUCCAAUUUCCCAAGCCAUUCUUCCCGAAAGACAAGUAGUCGUCAAGAACUGCUCGAGAUUUGUGUUGAUGGUAUGGCUUCUAUUGGCGUUCGUGCUCAUGCAAAGUUACACUGCAAACUUGACUUCUAUAUUGACCUUGGAACAGUUAAGACCCAGUUUUCCGGGAAAAGGGGAUUAUUAUGUUGGAUAUCAAACUGGAUCUUUCGUUAAAGAUGUGUUGGUUAAGCAAUUUAACUUUCUCCCAUCCAAGCUGAGGCCAUAUAGCAACAGUGCUGAGUAUUAUAAUGCUUUAAAAUCUGGAAGUCAAGGUGGUGGUGUUGCAGCUAUAUUCGAUGAAGUGCCUUACCUUAAAGUAUUUCUUCAAGAAUACGGAUCCAAAUCCUCUUACAUCUUGGCUGGCCAGACAUUUAGAGAUGAUGGCUUUGGUUUUGCAUUCCCUUUAAACUCCAAUCUCACGGCUUACUUUUCGAGAGCCAUCUUGAAGGUGACUGAAAGUGAUUUAAUGAAAGAAAUUGAGGAAAAAUACUUUGGGAAGAAUGAUGAUAUUGGAGGAGAAGACCCGUCUGCGGAAAUUUCUUCUGCUACUCCAAGUCUCAACUUUCAUUGCUUUUCAGGGCUCUUCUUCAUUACAGGGAUUUCUACUUUAUUAGCGCUAUUGGUCUCAGAAACUGUUAUAUGGCAAAAGCCCAUUUUGAUAGCUAAAGCAUACGGUCAGAGGUAUUUGUUCACGGCUCCACCUUCUACAAAAACAAGUGUUCCUCCAACUCAUGAUUCAACCCACGGAAUAGACGUCGUUUAAUUAACAAGACCUUCUCAAAGAUUCCUUGUAGAUGGAAAUUAAAUUAUGUUUGUAUGCAUAUGUAUGGCUUGGUAAUUGCAAACAAGUUAAUUAGGAGGGGUUAUGUCCGAACUUUAGUUUAACAUGCAGAAUUACGUUACAACAAUCAUGUUAGCCGUUUGGCAAGUAUAUCAAAUGUCUAAGUAAUAAAAUUUCGGAAGUCCGAAUGUCGA